AUGGGAUCCAAAAUACAAGUAAUGCGACGCAAUGGAACGAGGCGUAAUGGUAAGCGAAGGAAAAAUUUGAAUGUGGCCAAAGAAAGGCUGAGAAUGGUAGCGACCACAAGAAAGGGCAAGAAGACGAAUGAAGAGGGGAAUGUCAUGGUGGAAAAAGCUCGUCGUGACUUGUUGUUGCAAGCGCAAAGAUGCCUUGCGCUGAUUAGGAUUCAGCCACCAUAUCGAUUGCGGUCAACGACGCCAGUGGUUUUGCUUCGUCCAUUGCUUCGAUUUCAGGAGGAAAGGUUGCGACAUACCUGA